GGGCGCUACGCGCGGCCCUACUGCCCGGCGCCCGCGGCGCCCGCCGUGCCCGCGCUGGACGCGCUGCGGGCCGCGCUGCAGAGAGCCUACGGCUGCCCCGUGCUGCACGUGGGCAAGGGCGCGCUCGGCGCCUCGCCCGCCAAGGACGCCAAGGGCCCGGCGCCCUGCCCCAACGUGCUGCAAGCCGAGGCGCUCGUGGAGUCGGCCGACAUGCUCUACGUCAUCUUCCCCUACGUGCAGUUCUGCCUGCACGACGUGGUGACCUUCAGCCCGGCCAAGCUCUCCAACAGCCACGCCAAGAUCCUCUUCCUGCUCUUCCACGUGCUGCAGGCCAUGAGGGCCUGUCACCAGGCGGGCCUGGCGUGCGGCGCCGUCUCCCUUCGCGACGUGGCGGUGGAUGAGAAGCUCUGCAGCCGCCUCCGAGUGAACUUCAGUGAGUACGAGAGGCCAAAGAGGGAAAAGGAGCCCGUGGAGAGCGGCGACAAGCGGACAAGCGAGGCGGGCGGCGCGCGUGCCGAGGAGGCCGCCUGCACGGCCUGCCACAAGGAGCUCCGGGACCUGGUGCUGCAGUGGGUGCACGGGCGAAUCAGCAACUUUGACUACCUUAUGCACUUGAACAGUUUGGCAGGGAGGAGAAUGGGAGACCCCAAUUACCACCCGGUGCUUCCGUGGGUGGUGGACUUCACCACCAAAAACGGCAAGUUCAGGGACCUGAGGAAAUCCAAGUUCCGUCUCAACAAGGGAGACAAGCAGCUGGACUUCACCUAUGAGAUGACCAAGCAGGCGUUUGUUGCUGGUGGGACAAGUGGGGAGCAACUUCACGUCCCCCACCACAUCUCCGACGUCCUUUCGGAUAUCACCUACUACGUUUACACGGCCCGGAGAACACCCAAGGCGGUGCUGUGCUGCCAUGUGAGGUCCCAGUGGGAGCCCAAUGAGUAUCCGGCCAGCAUGGAGCGCAUGCAGAGCUGGACUCCGGACGAGUGCAUCCCUGAGUUUUACACAGACCCCUCCAUCUUCCGAUCCAUCCAUCCUGACAUGCCUGACCUGGACGUGCCUUCCUGGUGCAGCUCCUACGAGGAGUUCAUUGAAGUCCACCGCAUGCUGCUGGAGAGCCGGGAAGUCUCUCAGGAUCUCCACCACUGGAUUGAUCUCACUUUCGGGUACAAACUGCUGGGGAAGGACGCUGUCAAGGAGAAGAACGUCUGCCUCCAUCUGGUAGACAACCACACGCACCUGACCACCUACGGGGUCGUGCAGCUCUUCGACCAGCCGCAUCCCCGGCGCAUGGUGGGACCUUCCUACACGCCGGCUGAAGCUCCAACCAUCGCGCGGCCUCUUCUCCAGAAUAUCCGGGAGACUCUGUUUCUGGAGGAUGCCCAGGGCCAAGUGGCUGAUGCAGUUAAUGGGCUGGUGCUGGAGGCUACCCCUACUGAAACCAGCUGGUCCGGGGAGAAAGCUGUCGCUGGAGAGGACGACUUAGAGCAGGGCAUGGAAGCCCUGGAUUCCAUUUCUGCUCCUGGCAGAGCUGCUGAUCAGCCUGGGGCCGCUUUGCCUGCAGCACAGCCCUCCAGUCUCCCUGUGUACGCCACAGACGGCAAAACCUCGGGUGUCCGACCUCUCCGUCGGAGCAAGGCAGGUGCUGUGGAUCAGGCUGACAGGGAUGGCUUGAAGAUCACCCUUCCCGAAGGCUUCAAUCCACUCCAGGCCCUGGAAGAACUGGAGAAGUUGGACAAUUUCUUGGUUAAAGGCCUAACCAGCGAGAUGCAGUUGAUGGAGCAGCCAUGCCAAGAGCAACCUUUGGGUCUCUCGGACCUCUUCCAAAGGGAUAUGCAGGCUUUGGGCAUCCUGAUAGCCGAGAUCAUAUUUGCCCCAAGGAUCCGCCCUUCGAAGCCCGACGCGUCCCUGUUGGAGCGGUUCCUCAUGGUGCGCAAUCUGUGCCGCUACCACCCCAAGGAGAUCCCGGCCCCGCUCCAGCAUGUGCUGCAAGUCCUGCUGCAGCUGAGCGUGCCCGUGGAGCAGCUUCUGAAAACCAGGGAGGGCAAAGGCGCCGUGGGCUUGUUCGAGUACAACCCUGUUUCCCAGGGUCUCCCGCCGCCUUGUCCCACGCAGCUCCUCAGCCCCUUCAGCUCCAUCAUUCCCUUCCCCGCGUAUUUCCCAGCUCUGCACAAAUUCAUUUGCACCUACCAGGCAAAGAAGGUAGAGGAUGAAGGUCAGGGCCGGGAACUCGUUUUCCAGCUGUGGCAGCAGCUAGAGGGUAUCCUUGCUGAAAUCACUCCCGAGGGCUUGGAGAUUCUUCUGCCUUUCGUAUUAUCCCUGAUGUCCGAGGAGAACACCGCUGUCUAUGCAGCGUGGUACCUCUUUGAACCCAUAGCUAAAUCCCUGGGUCCUAAAAAUGCCAAUAAGUACCUGCUGAAGCCCCUGAUCGGGGCCUACGAAACAGCCUGCUCUCGCCACGGCAGGUUCUACCUCUACACGGACUGCUUCGUCGCCCAGCUAAUAGUGCGCCUGGGGCUGCAGUCCUUCCUCCUCAACCUGCUGCCCCACAUCCUGCAGAUCCUUGUUGGCAUCGAGAGCUCGCGGGAGGAGAGCAAGUCCUUUCUUGGCGCGGCCGACGACGACGAGAGCGGAGGGGACAGUCCCGUGUCGUGCGUGUUUGGGGAGGAGAUCAAGAUGGACGUGGAUCGGGGCUCGGCGGCGCUCGACCUCCUCGACUACACGUCUGGCGUCAGCUUCCACGACCAGGGCUACCUGCCGGAGAGCGAGGACUUCCAGAGCGGCCUCUACGUGGGGGAGUCCCUGCAGCCCCAGGAGCAGGAAUCGCUCAGCCUCGGGCGCCUCAGCGACAAGAGCAGCGCCAGCGAAGUGUCCCUGGGCGAGGACAGGCCUGCGGACGGCGAGUCCCAGAAGGACAAGAGCAGCUUGAAGUCCGUGGACAGCAGCCAGGAUCUGAAGCAGAGCGAGGACUCGGAGGAGGAGGAGGGGGAUGAGCGGGAGGAAGAGGAGCACGAUGACGCUGCAGCUGAUAUAGAGCUGGCUCUGGCCGUGGAUGCUGCCGCCUCCGUGGAUGUCCCUCUGGCUGAUGACAGCAGCGAGCCAGAGGAUGGAGAGGGAGAGGAGCUGCCGGACCACUCUGAUGACAAGGAGCAGACAAUACUCCUGGACACAACCUGUAAGAUGCUGCGGUGGCUCUCGGCCAAGCUGGGCCCCACCGUAACGUCGCGGUUCAUCGCCAGGAACCUGCUCCGUCUGCUCACGUCCUGCUACAUGGGCCCCACCAGGCAGCAGUUUGUACCGAGCACUGAUGAGAACGGGCCCCUGAGCGCAGGGAAUAUCUACCAAAAGCGGCCAGUGCUGGGAGAUCAGGUGUCCAGGCCAGUGCUGGCCUGUCUAGUGCACGUGGCUUACCUGUACGGAGAGCCUGUCCUCACCUACCAGUACCUGCCCUACAUCAGCUACCUGGUGGCUCCGAGCGGCAGCUCCGGCGGCGGCCGCCUCAACAGUCGGAAGGAGGCCGGGCUCCUGGCGGCCGUCACGCUCACCCAGAGGAUCGUGGUUUGCCUCUCGGACACGACGCUCAUGGACAUUCUGCCCAAGAUCAGCCAGGAGGUGCUGCUGCCCGUGCUGGGCUCCCUCACUUCGCCCACUGUGGGUUUCCCCAGUGGUGCCCAGGCCCGUAUUGUCCUGUGUGUUAAGACAAUCAGUCUAAUUGCCUUGAUCUGCCUGCGGAUUGGGCAGGAGAUGGUGCAACAGCAUCUGAGUGACACUGUCAGAAACUUCUUUGGGGCCUUCUCACUGCUGCAGGAGCUGCAGGAGCAGGGAUUGACGGCAGAGUCGCUGAGCAGCUGUGAGGUACCUAUGAUGGAGGUGCCUCUUUCGAACGGGCAGCUGCUGGCCCUGGAUCCAGCAGUGCUCAUGGAGCUGCAGAAGGUGUUUAGUCCCGAGAUGGCCUACAUCACCUACAUCCCCUUCUCCUGCUUGCUGGGCGAUGUUAUCAGGGUGGUUGUCCCCAACCACUCGCUGGUUGAGAAGCUGGCCAGCCUCUACCAGGAGAACGUGAACCCCAAGAGCUUGCAGGUGGUUAACCUGGAGCAAACACAGAGCGUGGCCAGCUCAGAGCAGGAUAUGCGCAAGGCCGAGCCAUUCUCCAGCUACCACGAGGACACUCACUCCGGUACUUUUGGGAGCGUCCUGGUAGGGAAUCGCAUCCAGGUUCCUGUGGACACACAGCGCGAGGGUCUUGGCCUGCUUCGUCUCAGUGCUGUCACCGAUGGCUUCAUUCCUAGCUCAUCCAGCGAAGAAAAUACCCUGAAGCAGGACCUGCCUCGCAGCACCCACAUGCUGUGUGGCAACUGGCUGGCCUACUGGCAGUAUGAGAUCGGGGUGAGCCAACACGACCCCCGCUUCCACUUCCACCAGAUCAAGCUACAGAGCUUCUCAGGGCAUUCCGGGGCCAUCAAGUGUGUGGCACCGCUCAGCAGCGAGGACUUCUUUCUCAGUGGCAGCAAGGACAAAACUGUCCGCCUCUGGCCCCUGUACAACUAUGGGGACGGCACGAGCGAGGUGCCGCCACGGUUCACGUACUCCGAGCACAAGAAGUCUGUUUUCUAUGUGAGCCAGCUGGAGGCAUCGCAGCACGUGGUGAGCUGUGAUGGGACCGUGCACAUCUGGGACCAGUUCACAGGGAAACUUCUCCGGACUUUUGAUGAGUUAGACAGCAAAGUCCCCAUCACAGCUGUGAGCACGAUGCCACCUCCCUACCACAGCAUCUCGGUGGCCAGCGCAGACUCUGUGCUGCGGUUCAUUGAUCACAGGAAACCAGGCCUGCAGCACGAGUUUCGCCUGGCCAGCGGUGUGAGUGCCGGGCUCAUCCGCUGCUUGGCCGUCAGUCCUAACGGGCGCAGCGUCGUGGCCGGCUUCUCCUCGGGGUUCCUCGUGCUGCUGGACACCAGGACGGGCCUCAUCAUGCGCGGCUGGCCUGCCCACGAGGGGGACAUCCUGCAGAUCAAGGCUGCAGAGGGCAACGUGCUGAUCAGCUCCUCCUCGGAUCAUUCCUUGACUGUCUGGAAGGAACUGGAGCAGAAGCCUUUGCACCACUACAAAUCUGCCUCUGAACCCAUCCACGCGUUCGACCUCUACGGCAACGAAGUGGUGACCGGCACCGUGGCCAACAAGAUCGGCGUCUACUCCAUGCUGCAGUCGUCAGCCCUGCCCGUCAGCACCACCAAGCUGAGCUCGGAGAACUUCCGCGGCACCCUCACCAGCCUGGCGGUGCUGCCCACCAAAUGCCACCUCCUGCUGGGCUCUGACAACGGCGUCAUUCGCCUCCUGGCCUAGGGGCUCGGGGCAGCCGCGGUGGCGGCUGCGAGGUGGCCGCUUCGCGCG